UAUAACUGUCGAAACCACUAGAGUGUAACAAGAACCUUAUUAGAGAAGAAUACAACCAAAAGAUAACACGUUUAAGCAGAGGGCUUUUUUGCGAUACGUCUUCCGUAGUCGCUGCCUCGUCAAAGAGAAGGGUGAGGAGAAAAGAGACAUCGAAACAGGAGUCCAGGAACUGGUGGAGGAAAUAUUACAUGUUGUAGGUGAAAAAAGUCCAGAAUUCCAAUUCUCCAAAAUAUUACCUGUCGGCAGUUUCUUCGAAGGCACAAAAUCAGUUCUGUCAAUGAAUUCGACUUUAUGGUGGUUUUGAAAACACUUUCAACACCAGAUUCAAUAAUUCUUCAAAGCGGAUGCAAUCGGUGGUACUGGAAAAUUCAACUCAAGUCCCAAAGAGCCAUUGAUAUUUUACAACCUUAUUUGCUCCACUGUCACUCCACAAGUCAUAUGUUCGAGAAUUAUUUUGGAAACCGACAAUCAUUUCUUUUGAAUUUCUGGAAAAAAAUUACCAUACAUUCGGAGGCAAGAAAAUUGGGUGUAGAAAAACAUUCAGGAAAGAUAUUCACCACGCAACCUGUCGAUUUAAAACAAAAAUUAUAUUUCAAUUAUGAGAAAAAGUUUCAUAUUCCGGAAUCAGACUAUAAAGUAAAAAAUCCUCUUGUCCCCAUAGAAAAUACGACUAUUGGCGUUGAUUUAAUGUUGGCAAUUGAACAUCCGAAUCUAGAAAUGGUUACCUCUUUUUCAGACUUUCCACCUGAAUUUAAGGAAUUACUUUUCAAACAUGGAUGUCACAUUGUAACCAAAUCGUGUCACGUUGAUCAUUUCCCGAAACCACCAUGUUUGUUUAUAUCGUUCGCGGCAAUGGAACUUGAACUAAUGAAGAACAUGGACGAACAUCAUAAAGAGUCUUAUAAAAUUCUAAAAUCUCUUCUGAUAGGAGAAAACGAUUUAACAGGAAAGUGUAUGAAUGUCUCUUCGUACGUGUUAAAAUCAGCUUUCCUAUUUCAUGUGUACGGGGGAAAUAAAUGUGUAAAUCGUAAACUAUACGCCCCAUGUAUACAUGAUAUUUUAGACUACUUGGCCAAUUCACUCUUUGACAUCAAAAUGCCGACAUUUUUUGCCAGAAGCAUAAACACCUGGGGUUACAUCUUAGAAGUUCCGUGUUUUGCUUGGCCAGAAUUUGAAACGAAAGGUUCAUCACACGAAGAACUGACAUUUGCAUUUUGUUGGAUAAAAUUAUGGUAUAGAAUUAUAAAAUAUUUGAAAACAACCAUUAUCGAAGCAUCUGAAUUAAAUCAGGAUGAAUGGAUGCAAGUUAUAGAUAGGUGUGAGUACAUGAAAAGAACAACAUACUAUGUAAUUGAGAGAUAUAGAUCGAGUUCUCUCCCAGAAGUCUUCCAGGGACAUCUUUCCAAUGAAGAUUUAGCUGGGAAAACUCUAGCUCUUUGCUCUGAUGAAUUAUUUAUUGAAUACGUUCAACAAAUGGAAAAAUAUCACAAUAUCAAACUUGGAUAUAUACUCUAAACAGUACUUUCAGUAUCAGAGAUUAAGUUGCCAAAUUAUCUUGAUUUUUAUAUUGCCAUAAUGUUUCAUGAACCUUUGUUUUCCAAUAUUGUACAUGAAAAUCUUGGCUUUAUUCUUUCAAAUUAUGGCCAGAGUUUAAAAUUCUAGUAUUUCUAAGUUUAUAUGAUUAAAUAUGUACAUUCGUAAUAUGCCUAUACUGUUCAUGCAUAUAAUGAAGUUGAUUUUUUCCUUCUUCGGUAAAAUUGUAAUUGGGAA